CACAGGGCUGCGGCAUCACAUUUUCGACGGUUUCAGUUUUAGAAGUAACUUUGGAAUUAAGAUUUUCCUUAGUUUUUUCAAAACUUACAAAUAAUCCAAAAUAUAAUAAGCACUUUUACGAUCCGAUAUCGAUUUCGUUUGGAAUUUUUUAUUUUUUAUUUUAUAAUCUAAAUACUUCCAAUUUAAAAAUGGCAAAAUCGUUGCUGAUCGUCUCUGCUUUAUUUUUGGCCGUCGUUGCAUCUAUAAACGCUGCACCCACACCGAAAAAACAAAUAUCUUUCAAUCUAUGCAAGAAAAGUGAUCCAAACCUUGACAAAUGUUUGAAGAGCUCCAUCCAAUCAGUCAUUCCAGAUUUGGCCGAAGGAUACCCGAAACUGAGGAUUCCGGCCAUCGAACCGUUCGAGUUACCGUCAUUGGAAAUCGAACACGGCAAGGGCUCUAGCAAAGCUGUCAGUAUCGACUUGAAGCUUAAAGACGUCAAAAUCAUGGGAUUGACCAGCACAGUGAUCGAUUCCUUGAAAAUCGACGUGGACAACUUCAAGACGAGCGGCAAGAUCAGCUUCACAAAACCACUCGAGAUCACCGGACAAUACACGGUUAACGGCAAGGUGCUCGUUUUGCCGAUCACCGGAAACGGACCGUGUUCCAUUGUCUUGCACGAACCCGUUUUGGAAUUGGAAGAAAUGUCCGGUACUCCAUUCGAGAAGAACGGUAAGACCUUCGUUCAAAUCAAGAAAGUCAACCUGAAGGUGGCGAGCGUCAAACAACUGAGUGUCAAGUUGGAAAACCUUUUCAAUGGAAACAAACAACUAGGCGAUAGCAUGAACUCCAUCCUGAACCAAAACUGGGAAGUUCUUCUUGAAGAAUUGAAACCAGCAUUCGAAGAAGCGAUUGGAGCUAUCUCGCAAGAUAUCGUUAACAAAGUCUUCCAGAAGACCGCGUACUCAGACAUAUUCCUUCUGUAAUCGGUUUGGUCUGAUCUUAAUGGUUGAUGUUUCCUAAAAAAAAAUGUUGUUUUUAAGUUUAAUAUCUAUUUCCGUCAGAAAGCGCUUGAGUAGCUCUACAAAAAUGUCUAAAGUGAUCGACGCUAACGAGAUGCUCACAUAAAGUGCACACUGUCUGGAAACCUGUUGUUAUUUUUUAUAAAACAACGACUAUGUGCACGCCGCAAUACCUAAUUGACGACGUG